AUGGCAGUUUUGAACGAUAUAAAACCUUUAUUGUUUGGUGCGCGAAUAUUUGGUUGUACUCCACAUGAAAUCACUGACCGAGAAUUGGUAAUAACCAAAGUUGGCCAGUUUUAUUCAUUUUUUAUAGCUAUUUUAUUCACAUCUGUUUGUAUGCUUGAUUUUUAUCUGAAUGUCCACGAAAUAAUUGAAUUUAAAUUACGACUACUCGUGGGUUUACGUGUUUGUCUUUAUUAUUUUUGUGUUUUUGCUGAUGCCAUUAUCACUAUGGCUUGCAAUAAAAGUUUAUGCCUAACUAUUUCUCGUCUUCAUAGCUUUGACGUUGCCACGAAGUUUGCAGAAAAUAUGAGCUCUCGGUUGAAUAAAAGUUGUCAGUUUAUUGUGGUUAUAGUUAUCUUUUAUUGGGGUAUUGUUGGAUACUUGACCUAUUUAUGUGAAACACGAUAUGUUAUAUUUAAUGGUGUGGUGUAUGGAAUAGUGAAUGCUACCAUGUCGAUGCAAAUUCUCAAGUUCAUAGGGAUGUUGGUGUUGCUUUAUCAAAGAUUCCAACAUCUUGAUAAACUAGUUGUCCAGAGAAACAAUGCAAUAGAAAGCAUGAGUCUACAAGAUAUUCGAUGGCUGCAUCAUACUCUAGUCACAUCAGCAGAAGAAAUCAAUACUAUUUACACUACUCAGCUUUUUGUUUGGAUUUCAAUUAAUUCUCUCAAUGGUUUAUCAAGGAUAUACACUCUGACUACCACCGGAUAUGAUCAAGAAAUAUUUAUCAAAAUUCGUGAUUCUUUUUCUAUCAUAGCCUGCAGUGUUAAUUUAUUUAUCAUCUCAGCUUGCAGUCAUUUUACUGCUGUUAGAGCUAAUAAUAUAGGAAUAUCAACAUUUUUACCUCAAUUCUCAAUGCGUCGAAAAAAGACAUUGGAUAACGUAGAAGUAAUGGCAUACUUUUGUCUAAAGAAAUUACAUUUCUCUGCAGCCGCAGGUCUUAUCCAAGUUGAUCUUCCACUUUUGUUGACAAUUGCUGGAGCAAUAACAACAUACCUCGUUAUCCUUCAUGCAAUGAAUCCAUGAUAUAAUAUAAACAAUUAAUAUUUUUAUAAAGAAAAAAUUUUAAGAAAUAGUAUU